AUGCUGUGGAUUUGGGUCUUUCCCCUCUCUGCUGGGCUUGUGGCCUUUACCAGCUUCGUGUUUCCUCGACGGAAAGGGCCUCUUCCCCCUGGCCCAUUGCGCUGGCCGCUUAUUGGAAACGGUCUGAACUUGUGGUACAAACAUCCAUGGAAGGUCUAUGCUCGUUGGGCACAGGAAUACCGUUCCGAUAUUCUGUCUCUCCAGAUUCCCGGUGCGACCAUCAUCAUCCUCAAUACAGAACACGCCGUCCAAGAUCUGUUCGUGAAGCGCGGUCUUAUCUACUCCGAUAGGCCAUACACAGCCUUUUUCGAGAAACUGGGAAUUUCACGAAUCUUCGUCUUCCAGGACUAUGGCGAAAGGUGGAAAAAUAACCGCAAAACGUUCAAACAAUACUUAGGUACUGAAAUGGAGUCUGUGAUUCGAUCUAAUGAGCUUUCGUCGUCUCGUCGGCUUCUCGUUUCCCUCUUGGAGAGUAACGACCACCAAAUGGAAUUUCGCCAGGCAGUCAACGAUUUCUUUCUAUCUGCGACGUAUGGUGUUCCCCCUAGUCAGCAGGGUGAGCAUGUCGCUCUCACGCAAGAAAGUGCUGUCCUCCUCAAACGCCUUAUGAUUCAAGGCCUCGUCUUCGAUUUUUUGCCAUUCCUCACGUCUCUUCUAGCAUGGUUUACCACUGCUGGAGUCACUCGCGGAGUGGGGGUAGUUGGUGAUCUGGUUGAUAAGAUGAUGCGGGCCCCAUUCGAAUCUGCAAAAGCCGACUCGAUCCAAGGAACGCACAGAGUUUCGGUAGCUGGGCGUUUCUUCAGGCUCGACGAAGAAUCAUCCAACGUCUCUAAUGACGAAGAAAUCAGUAUAAUCGACGUCCUCGGGACCUCCUACGCCGCGGGGACCGACACGGUUGUCGCUCUCAUAAACUCAUUCGCGCUCGCCAUGGUCCUGUACCCAGACGUCCAACGAAAGGCUUAUGAAAUUCUCGACUUCACGCUCUGCGGACGACUCCCAGAGCUUAAAGACUGUGGCACCAUUCCGUACAUCGACGCCCUCAUCCACGAGGUUGUGCGCUGGAACCCCGUAGCACCACUCGGGGUGCCACAUAUCCUGAGCCAAGAUGACGUGUACGAAGGGUACGUUCUUCCGAAAGGUUCCAUCUGUAUCGCCAACACGUGGAAUAUUCUACAUGAUGAAGAACGCUAUGGCCCCAACGUGGAUGAAUUCAUUCCGGAGAGGUUCCUAAACGCCGACGGAACUCUGGACGAGACUCGCGCAAAGACAGAUGCGGCUUUUGGGUUUGGUCGUCGAAUUUGUCCCGGUGAAAAUAUUGCACGAGAAUUCGCGUGGAUCUUAUUCGCUUCCGUGCUCAGCGCGUAUGAGUUGGUUGACGCGAGAGAUAAGGAUGGAAAACUGCUCGACCGCUCUACGAUAGAGUAUACGACCGAGAUCGUCAGCUCCGCGCCUCAUUUCAAGUGUCGGUUCUCUCUUCGCCCUGGCAUUACGGAAGCCAUGAUACGUGAGGCGGUUAGGCCUGUGGAUUGA